AGCAGGAAAAAUACUUUGGAUCCCAGUGUUGACUGCUAGAGAUAUAUUUAAUUAACAUCAGAUUGGGUUUGUACAGUCAGACAUAACUUACACAUUACGUUGGAGGAGGAGGAUGUCAGGGUGUAAUAUGAAGGUCAUCACUCCCUAAAACCAAGACCAGCUUUUUCAAUAUUUGUACAUCCGGCCCUGUGAACAGUCCUAUGAACUUGUGUAUAGCCAAGCCCUCAGCCUAUGUGUAUUAUAGCCUAGAACAGAUUAACCUUGUACAUACUACCAUAAUUCUAACAUACACAGGGGAAAGUGGGUUUUCUUGCUGCAACAUAACCAGCUAGCGGAAAUAUUUUUUCAACCCAACAAACAGGCCGUCCAUUGAAGGAGUUUUAAGUGUAAAAGUGCCCUGAGCCACCUCUCCAUGAUCUGUGUGGACUGCUAACACCAUAGAAAGGGAAAGUGAUGGCAGACUGAGAAAGUUGCACUGUGUGUGUGUUUGGUGGAGGAGAUUAAAUUUCAACCCUGGGCUUGGCUGAAGAAUUUGGCACUUGCAUUACUGAGUACAUUCUAUAUGUGUGCCUCCUUCUCCAUGUUGGUUGGAGUUUGAGGAAGUUUUUGUCAAAGUAAACAGAUGUAGAAGGAAUACAUUUUCUGAUGGCAAUGAUGAGUUUAGUCUACACAGGAUUAUUGCUUGAACAGUACUGAGUUUGAAGGAUUAAUUAGUGUUUUGUGUUUUUUUGCUGAGUGUUUCAGUGUUGUGGCUGCAGGCACCAAAUAUCAGAGGGCCUUUUUUUUUUUUGCUUCUGUCUGGCAGCAAAACACCUCCUAUUUCCUGUGAUUCGAAUUGGAAUUUAUGAAUACUAAAACAUCUGUGUGCAACAUUUCUGUUUGAGGUUGUGGGAAUAUAUCAAUUAAGUGUUGUUUAAGUUACAUCAAGUCUUCAUUGGAUAGCGUGAUUAACCAACAUGGCAUCUACAACAGCAACAAACCCCGCCCCAGCACCUGUUUCCACUGGCUCAAGGGGCCCAGCCCCACCUCUCCCUGAAAAACCUCCCUCUGUCGCAGAACGGACACGUCUUCUUCGAUCAAGCUUUCGAAAAGAAGAAGCAGAAAAACCAAAAGUUGUGGAUAGUCGAGCAAGUCCCUUAUCUGACCGAAGCACCACAUUACCGCCAACUAACAGUAAUGGCACUACAAAUGGUGACAAAUCUGAAUCACCAUCCCCUGCCAGCAGCGUGAGUUCCAUGACCGGGGUAGGCCGGUACACCAGUGAUAAACCCACAACUACCCCAGUUCAGAUGGAAAACAAGGAGAUCCACCCUCCAGUUGUAAGUUCCCAGUCUGUGGAAUACAUUAAUGCUGCCAAGCGAGAAGCCUUCUUUAAAGGUGGAGAUACCUCAGCACAACUGCCAAAAUUUGAUCCGAGUUCUCGGUUUGGAGUGGAUCGUGAAAGAAUUCAGGAACCUCCACGAAAGGAAGUAGACCAUGGCAAAGACAAAGAUAAGGACAAAAAGUAUGGCGAGGGAACGAAAGAACUAGAUGGUUAUGUUGGGUUUGCAAGUUUACCCAAUCAAGUGUACAGAAAAUCUGUGAAGAAGGGAUUUGAGUUCACACUGAUGGUUGUGGGCGAAUCUGGACUGGGAAAAUCCACACUGAUCAACUCCUUGUUCCUUUCUGACCUUUACAGUGGGGACUAUCCAGGCCCUUCCCAUCGCAUACAGAAAACUGUCAAAGUAGAGACAACUAAAACCGUGUUGAAGGAAAAUGGGGUACAAUUACAACUAACUGUUGUGGAUACACCAGGAUUUGGGGACGCAGUAGAUAAUAGUAACUGUUGGCAACCAGUCAUUGAUUUCAUCGAUAGCAAAUAUGAUGAUUACCUCAAUUCUGAGUCCCGAGUCAGUAGGAUCACAAUGCCAGAUUAUAGAGUACACACCUGUCUGUACUUCAUCGCCCCAACAGGGCAUGGCUUAAAACCAUUAGAUGUAGAAUUUAUGAAAAGACUUCAUGACAAAGUAAAUAUCAUCCCUCUGAUUGCCAAGGCUGACACGCUCACACCAGAUGAAUGCCGUGAGUUCAAAAAGACAAUUUUAAAUGAAAUUGCCCGUCAUAAAAUCAGGAUAUACGAGUUUCCUGAGUGUGAUGAUGAUGAGGACAGUAAGAUACAGAAAAAAUUACGGGACCGUGUGCCAUUUGCUGUGGUGGGGAGCAAUAGAGUCAUAGAAGCUGGAGGUAAAAGAGUGCGUGGCAGACAGUACCCGUGGGGCCUUGUAGAGGUUGAAAAUUUGGAGCACAAUGACUUCAUAGCCCUCAGAAAUAUGCUUAUCAGAACACACAUGCAAGACUUGAAGGAUGUCACAAAUAACGUUCAUUAUGAGAAUUACAGAUACAGCAAACUAGCCCCCUCCACUGGAGACAGCAAGCAAGUCAAACCAGGCUCUAUGUCCAAAGACCCAUUGUCACAGAUGGCAGAGGAGAAGCGUGAACACGACAACAAAAUGAAAAAGAUGGAAGCAGAAAUGGAACAAGUUUUUGAGAUGAAAGUCAAGGAGAAGAAACAGAAGCUCAAAGACUCUGAAGCAGAUUUGCAAAGACGAGCAGAACAGAUGAAAAAGUCCUUAGAACAACAACAGAAGGAACUGGAUGAGAAAUGGAAACAAUUUGAAAAGGAAAAAUCCACUUGGGAGGAUUCUGUAGGCCUUACUGGCAAAGGAUCUUCUGAGAAUAUAUCAGGGAAAAAAGACAAGAAGAGGUUAUUCUAAAAAACAGCAUUGAAGAUGCCUUUUUUUACUCAGAUGGUAAAAUUUGGACCAAUACCAUCUGACAAGUUUGGUGACAAGAAAUGUUAAAUACUGUGCAGACAUCAUGAUCCCAGUGUUCAUUAGAGACUUAAAUGUUAGCUGUUGGAGAUUAUUAGCCAACACCUAGAGGGCAGGAGGAUUGAUGAAAUAUAAGAUUUGCUCACAGUACAAUACUUGACAAGGUGAUAGAAGAGUCCAUAUGUCAAAGGAUGUGAUGACAGUUUCAAAAAGGUUUCAUUUGAGACAUCUGAUACAGUUACCUGGUGGAUAUGGCAGCUUCAUGCCUCAAGGGUUAAUUGACCUUUGACCUUUCAAGUGGACUUGAGUUUUCUUUAGCUGUACUUUAAUGGACUUAUUGUUUAUGUAUUGUGUUAAACAAUUUGUCAGUUUUUAUAUGAUAGAUUGUCAGAUCAGUUUUGACUGUUUUAAUCUACUGCUGUCAUACGAGAUAAAACUGCCCUAAUACCAAAAGACAUCCAUCCUUCCACCCUGGGGAACAGGUCUUCGAAUGUACUAUCAGUGAUCUCUGUUAAUGGCACUUUAUGAAGGUAGAGGAUUGUGCUGUGCCUGCUUUCUGUAGGGACCAGAAAAUAAAUGUUGUCUGUGCUUGUCUGAGGGACCUGAAAUUGAGCACUGAGUCUGUGCUUGCCCUAGGAACCAAACAUGGAAUCUGUGCUUGCCCUAGGAACCAAACACUGAAUCUGUGCUUGCCCUAGGAACCAGGUAUUGACUAGCAUCUGUGCUUGCCCUAGGAACCAGGUAUUGACUAGCAUCUGUGCUUGCCCUAGGAACCAGGUAUUGACUAGUAUCUGUGCUUGCCUUAGGGACCAGGUAUUGGCUAUGGCAUCUGUGCUUGCCCUAGGGAUCAGGUAUUGACUAGCAUCUGUGCUUGCCCUAGGAACCAGGUAUUGACUAGUAUCUGUGCUUGCCUUAGGGACCAGGUAUUGGCUAUGGCAUCUGUGCUUGCCCUAGGGAUCAGGUAUUGACUAGCAUCUGUGCUUGCCCUAGGGACCAGGUAUUGAUUAGCAUCUGUGCUUGCCCUAGGGACCAGGUGUUGACUAGCAUCUGUGCCUGCCCUAGGGACCUGGCAUGGUACAUAUCCCUAUGAUAGUAACAGACCUAAGCACUGGGAACUAAGCAUCUGUUUUGGUGAUAAUAUCACUAAAGUACUUGGAACAAGGCAUUAAUUUAAUCAUACCAAACACACAUGUAGCAGUUACAAGUCAGUUCAUACAAGGUAUGUUUAAGUACAGUAAAUUUUUACAUGCUUCCUAGAUGCACCAAUGUAUGGUGUUGUGUUUGCUCUGUAGUCUGGGAUAGAGUGAAGUUUAGUGUUGAUGAUUGAGAGGGUAAUUGUUUUUCUAUGCAGUUUUGUAAUUUUACCUUAAAUAGUAGUUCUGCUAUGUGUAACAGUAAACUAUAGUGUGAUGCUUCCAGGAUUCUGUAUUGUAAUGUAAAAUCACUGUUUUGCCAAAAUAGCUGCUUUGAACACCUGCGUAUGUCCUUUAGUAGUUCCAACAGUCAUAAAAAUAUCUUGUCAACUGAAUGACAAUCAGCUUUGUGAAAACUGUUUCAUUUAGAAGGGUCUUAACUCGAAAUUAGCAGCAAGCUUUACAGAUGCUUCUUAGAUAUUCUUGCCAAUAUGAUCCUAUUAAGAAUAGGACUCAAUGUGCCGUGUGUUUUAAUAGACUUACCAUGUCAAGGGUGAUAUAGGAGUAGGCUCAACAUGCCCUGGGUGAUAUAGAAGUAGGCUCAACAUGCCCUGGGUGAUACAGAAUUAGACUCAUUAUGGAAAGGGUGUUAUAGUAGAAGGCUGACCAUGACCAGAGUGUUAUAGGAGUAGGCUCAACAUGUCCUAGGUGAUAAAGGAGUAGGCUCAACAUGUCCAGGGUGUUACAGGAGUAGACUCACCAUGACUAGGGGGAUACAGGAGUGGAUUUGCUAUGACCUAAGUGUUAUAGGCACAGGCUCACCAUGUCCAAGGUAAUAUAUAUAGGAAUGGAUUCGUCAUCCCCUUGGUGUGACAGUAAACUCACCAGCCAUGGAUAAGAAAGAGGUGUCCUCACAACGCUAGGGAGUGAUUGAGGAAGGUCGACUCACCAUGUUUAGGGUGACAUAGGUGUGAUAGUAAACUCGCUAUUCCCUGGGGAUGAUAAGAAUCCCUAUUGUGUGAUUCACCACAGGUGUUAUAGGGGUAUACUUAACCACAGAAGAAGUGUGCAGUUCUACUGAUAACCUGUUGUGUGAUUCACCACAGGUGUUAUAGGGGUAUACUUAACCACAGAAGAAGUGUGCAGUUCUACUGAUAACCUGUUGUGUGAUUCACCACAGGUGUUAUAGGGGUAUACUUAACCACAGAAGAAGUGUGCAGUUCUACUGAUAACCUGUUGUGUGAUUCACCACAGGUGUUAUAGGGGUAUACUUAACCAUGGAAGAAGUGUGCAGUUCUGCUGAUAACCUGUUGUGUGAUUCACCACAGGUGUUAUAGGGGUAUACUUAACCAUGGAAGAAGUGUGCAGUUCUACUGAUAACCUGUUGUUACUCCUCAUCAUAAUUUGGUGCAUUGACUUCAGUAGACAUUUUAUGUUAAUUGUUUUGUAUUUCCUAAUAUUACUGAGAUGUGAUGAAUACAAUCCAUCAUAAUCAUCCUCUGUGUAUCAAUGAUAACCCAUGGUAAGGAGAGAUGUUCUACAGAUCUCCAAUCACUACAAUGUUCCCCCAUAAUAUUUGUGGUAUAAAUAUGUGAUGUUGAUAUGAUGGGAAAUAUCUUAACUGUCUAAAUAACCAAUAGGAAAACUCUUGUAAAAUUUCAACAGGGAAGGAAAUAAAAUUGUCAAAAUGUCUUUAAGAAUAUAUUUGUUAAACUAUCUAAAAGUCAUACAGCAUAUUAAAUAUUUUUAUGCCAGAACUCUUUAUACAUAUGUAUUAUCUUAAGCAUAAUCAGCCUGGUAAAUAUGUCUAUAUAUUACUGAGAUAUAGGGUCCAAUAGUAUCGUCAUACAUUCAAUCAUUGCAAUUAUUAUGGAUCUCUGUACUUGCAUAGAUGUUUGUGUACUCCAUUUUUAUUUAUGAUUGUAACAUUCAUAAUUAAUUUGUAAAACAAAAGUAUUACUAGUGAGUGUCCUGUAAACAAUGUAUAUGUAUGCCUUAUUGUUAUUUUUUGUCUUCGUUUGAAUGGUUGUUUUUGUGGUAACGUAGUCUGAUUUUAUACGCAGUUUUUAACUAUUAACACAUUGGUUUCUCAUGCCAUCAUAAACAUAUAAACAUGUAUUAAUGCAUUUAUUUUUGUUUCCAUAAACCUUUCUUGCAAUAACUUACAUGUGAUCUAAUGCAAUUCCUAAAUUUUCUUUGGUGAUUCUUCCAAUCAGGGACUUUUGUAACAAUAAAUUCUUACAUUGUUUUGGAGAAAACAUCAGGAAAAGUCAUUAAUUGAUUUUCUUUUCUUAAAGUUUACCAAAACUUCAUUUAUUUAUAUAUUUUUUUUUUCAUUUUUAAGAAAUUAUUGCACUGAGUAUGACAUGCAAUAUAGUUUAGAAGGUUUAAAGUAAUACAUCCAAAUAGACAAAUCAAAAGUUCACAUUACAUCUAGUCAGAAAUCAUUGUCAUUCAAAAUUGAACACUAUACUCAUUACUGGAGAAUACACAGCUGGUACUUUUAUUAGACUUCUACACACAUUGUUGUUUCCUUUGUAAAAUGUUUACUAUACAUGUUGGAAAUUGAUAAAAAAGUAAAUAAGAUGAAACAAUAACCUUGGUAAUUAUUAUUUGGAUUUAUUUGAUAGAGUAACCAUGACUUACAGGACUAAAUGUAUAUUGAGGGGGAAAUAAAAACCUACUGCUAUACUGUUGGGGGACGAAAUAUAGCUCUGCUUAUAGAACGAGUAACGAAACUCACCUUUGUAUGAUUAUCCAUGUAUUUCUCUCUAAUAAAUUGCAUUGGUAUUCAUUGGCAUGAAGACAAAAUAAAUAUAAAUGCUACUAUA